UGAUAUUACCUCACAUCCAAGGACAAACGAGGCCCCUUUCAAAUAACCCAAAAUAAGCCUCUUCCCAAAGUCCAGAAGGCCUGCCAAUAAAUCCCUGUAAACGAAGACUAGAAGAGACUUGAUAGCGCAUGCGCGCGCACUAGCCCGCCGCUAAGCAUGCCGGGAAAUGAAGUCCGGCCGAGUUGCAGUAAGUGACGACAUCGCGACAGUGAUGGCGACGGUCGAAGAAGCUUCCUUGUGCCUGGAGAAGACGGUGAACCGCUGGGCCCUGCUCUUUUACUGCCACCGGGCCGUGCAGGCCUUCCGGGAAGGAAGCAGCCGCAACUUUCGACAGUUGCGUGACGUCAUUUACGCGGUUUUGGCAAGGCCUCUGGCCUUAGAGCAAAGUAUUCUGCUUCAGUUGCGGAUCAUCCAACUACUUUCCAGGAUAGAAGAAGACUGGACCGUCGAUAUCAGCACCCAGCUGACACCGCUGGAAUGUGCUCUCCAUCUUCUGAAAAAGAUGAGCAGUGAGUUCACUGUCGAUGCAAAUAAAUUUGAAGAAAUUCAUCAAAAAGUAGCAGAAGCUGCGGUAGUUUCUUGCAUUAAGAACAAAGAAUACAACAGAGCCAAAAGAAUUCUUAAGAAAUACAAGCCCAAAGACCCCAGCACUCUGAAAAAGAGAAUAUUGUACCACAGCAUCAUCCAAGAGAAGGAGCACUCCAACCCGGCCAUCUUGCGCUUCCCGUUUGAGUUUUUCCAGCAGUCUGUCCUGGUGCUUCUGGAGAGCUAUAUUGAGGAUUCCGAGCCCUUACUCUUAAUGAUGGCUGAAAAGUUUUCCUGUGAGCUGGUGGAGCCCCAGAUGAAUCCCAUAGAAGCCGACAGCGAGGAGAUGGAGGUGUCUGAACAUGUGGUGGAAAAAGAAGUGGAGGAGGAGGACGUGGCCUCUAUGGUCACAGCAUUAGGCUCUCCGCUUUGGGAAAGAUCACAGGAGGCCUCUGUGAAGGACGGUCUCAAGAUUGACAUACAAGAUAUGCCUGAAGAAGAGUCAGAGAGGCUGGAGGGAGGCCACCUGGCAGGCACCAAGGUUUCACCGUCAGCCAGUGAAAAAGAAGUCACUUUGCGCUGUUUGAGAGACGUCUGUGAAGUCUCUUUGCGUUGUUUAGGAGACAUCUGUGAGAGAAGACCAGCCUCUGAAUGUGGGGAAAGCUCCAGAAACAGUGCAGAGCCUGUUAGGGUCUCAGACAGCCGCCCACUGGAGAGACCAACUUCCUAUGGGUUCUCUGUGAUUAGACAGGCGUUCGAGAUCCUCUCAGACUCCGAGGACCCUGAUGCCACCUUUCAGAAACUGGACGAGACGGACUGGACUUUUCCCAAGGUGACUGAGAGGCCUGCAUCUCACAGAGCCAAGCGUCAGAGGGUGGAAGAAGAGGAGACGGACAAAGAAGAGGCGGAGGAGGAGAAAAGGGGGCCCAAAGUCCAGUCCUUCUCAAAGGCAGGCAAUCACCCAGUCACUAUCAGUAGUUUCCUUUUGGGGAAAGAAAACGCCAUUUCGAAGGACAAGACUGACAAGCGCAUGGUGCCCAAGCAGCUGCUGGUGACUGUGGCUCUUCAGGCAGAAGAGGAACCGCAGAAGAAACCCCCCAAGGCAGAUUCCAGGCCCUCUCCCAAGUCCUCCAAGGCAAUCAGCACCACAAAUGAGGAGGAAGAAGAGAAGGAGGUUUGGAGUGACGAAGAGGAGCUAUUCAUUGACUUUGGACGAAAAGGCAGAAAGAGCACCAGCAGCAACACUUCCAUCACCAGCAGCAAGAGGAAGAAGUGGACGAGGGAAGAGUCCCAAUGGAUCAGGGCCGGCGUGAGGAAGUACGGAGAAGGCAAUUGGAAGGCCAUCUGCAAAAGCUAUCCCUUCAAGGAUCGAACACCAGUCAUGAUAAAGGACCGCUGGCGGACCAUGAAGAAGCUUGGGAUCCAGUAGAUCUGUGGAGGAGAAUGGAGGACAGCAGAGCAUGGCCUGUGCAGUUUGAAAACAUCGCCCAGAACUGCUUCCUCUGGCAUUGGACUGGCCUUCGUGGCAGGGCCUUGUUCAGCCAACGAGACUGGAAGUCCACUUUCUCCUUCCUGCGAAAGUCACUAUUUGUUUGGCAGUUCCACACAACAUCCUUGUUUUUCCUGUUCCUUGGACUAUAGUUGGAGGGUAGGACAAAGGGGGUGGAUGGACAGGUGGAAAGAUAACUAUUGCGAGCAAAAGGUGGGACUCCAUUUUCCCCGAGUUCUCAUCAGUGUGUGAAAAAGGAGACCUAAGAUGUUUCCUCUCAUUUUCCAAAUAGACUGCGGCAGGGCCUUCCCUGGAGACUUAACUUUAACAAUUUAAAGACUUCUGUGCCAUGGAAUAGAGAGAGGAUAAUCUAUCGUUUGGCUUUGAUUUUUUCUUUCUUUCUUAGGGCUCGUUGAGGCCAAACAAAAGAGAGAUUUGGGGCUAACUUUGUAUGUUUUUGCAAAAUAAAGUUUUAUAUUAUUUGCUCACA